AUGACUGUCUUUUCAUUCUUACCUCCAUCUCAUUGGCGUUGGGAACUUGCGGCUCCGAAGUUAUCAGCAGCGUGGCUGGAUAACAUGGACAUUUUCAUCUAUUUUUCAAGGAUCCGCACGAGUGCGCAGAAGGGGUAUUACAGGACCUUGAACCGGCAUGGCAGCUUGGCUUUCAUUGUGUUCUUUUUAUUACACCAGGACGACCACAGGCGGAUGGCAAUGGGGAUCAUGGGUAUGGCUUGGACAUUAUUGCGGGAGUGUUGCAUAAACGCCCUUUGA